CGCGCGAGGGAAGUUGGCAGCGACAGUCGAGCGCGCCUCGCUUUGCCCAGCGCACCGAUACCUGAGUAAUAGCCGGCGUCACGCGUGUACGAGCGAUCGCGACUCACAGGCCCGUCAUCGAGCUCGAGAGCAGCGGCGACAGGAAGUCGCGUGGCCAACCAGAGCCGCUUCUCAGCUGCGCCAGUGCAACGGCCGGAGGGACGCGCGGGACAUGGCCGAGCAGUGACGUCCCGACCAGUUGGCAAUCUCGAGAUUUCGUACCGCAUGACUGGCCGAGCGAGAGAGUUGGCGCGGCUGGAGUCGUGGUGAUAGACUUGGUGGAGCAGGCAGCGCGUGCAGGAUGUCGGGCGACGGGGAGGGCGGCACCGACAACCCGGCUUUCAGCCACGACGAGGAGGCGCCAUUGAAGGGCGACGAAGGCGCAACCGAAAUGCCGAGCCCUGACAAGGACAAGUCCGGCUUCGUGUCCCAGCACUAUAUAGAGGCCGCGAGGACGAGCCCCGUGCCGACGCACCCCGUUGGCGAGACGAGGGUCGAGGUGCCCGAUGAUGCUGUCCCGGAGAAACCGCUCGCGACCAUCAAUGGCACACCAAAGCCCAAACUCAAUGGCCUCAAUGGCAACGGCAAUAAUAACGACGUCAGCUUUCUCAAUUCGACCAUCACGAGCGUUGGUAAUAAUGAUGUUAACGACAAGAAGGAGCAAAUUGAAGCUGUGAACCUUGAAUUGGUAUCGAUGAAACCGUAUGCUGGCGCAAACAACUUGCAGACUAAAAAUCAAGAGGCUUGCGAAUUGCCAACCGAUCCUUACGAAGAAUAUUUCGUGCCUGUUAACGAACACAGAAAAUAUAUCAGUCAUUAUACCCAAAAAAUUAGCAGAAGCCCUGACAGAGAGGUUGAAACCACCGUGGCUGGAGUCCGAUUUGAUUUGGGUCCGGGUGUUGGACGCGAGGGACUCAGCCUGAGAGACCCGGCUGCCGGACUGGUCGACUAUUCCCACUGGCUGACAGCCCUCAGAGGAGAAAAACUCUAUGUCACAAAAGAUAAGAGAUCAACAAGCUCAUACUGGAGAAGAAUAGUUUGUUGGGGGUGCGGUUUUCUCAUAAUAGCGAUCGCAGCGAUCAUCGCUAUAUUGGCUGGAACGGGGGUUAUACUCACUCAGGAAGCUACACAGCCACUUCUUAACGGGGAUAAAACGAGUUAUCGACAGUUCAACGAUGUGCAGGCGGCAGGAAGUCAAGAAUAUAUUAAAAAUCCCCCUUCUAGCCCGUCACCUGCUACAUCUACGUAUCCACAAUGGCAAACAACGGACGAAACAAUUUACAAAUUUGUUCCUAAGGCAUUAGACGGCCUUAUUAAAUUGGACGAUUUACCGUGGAAUGACGACAUGUAUAAUCCAAAAUCGAGAGUAUAUCGAAACCUUGUUAAAGACAUUGAGAGUAAUCUAGCGGAAUUAUUACGCUUGAAUAAUGGCAUCCCAUUAAUAAAAAUUUAUUCGGUCUCGAAAGAAGGUGAGAUCAAAUUUCGUAUAGGUCAGCCUGUUUUCGAGAAGGCCGAAGAUAACGAAAAUUACUUGGAAAAUAAAUUUCGACAGAAUGGUAGUGCAGUUGGUAAAUAUCACGUGAAUCGAUUAAAAAUCGAUUCUCUUAUUGAUCAAUGCUAUUCUGGAAAUAUGGGGUGCAGUGAUAUGUGUGUGUAUGAUUAUGUAGAAGGACAAUUUACCUGUAUAUGCUCUGCCGGCAAGUUCUUCGAUAAAAGUAGCAAACAGUGUGUUAAUGAUAAUGAUCUAAGUAAUAUCAAUUUUGAAGAAACGAUACCGGACGAUAUUCAAGGAAGAAGUAGACUACCGGACGAUGCAUAUCGUGCAGAUGACAAUUGGCAUGAUUCACAUUACGAUUUAUACAACAAACACGAACCCGUACUCGAAUCGAAAAACAAACCACAAGCAUCCGAACUAGAAUCAUCUGCUGAGCCGAAUAGUGAACCAGAACCAACAACCGAGCCGAAAAGUGAACCAGAGCCAACAGCUGAGCCGAAAAGCGAACCGGAACCAGCAGCUGAGCCGAAAAGUGAGCCAACUCCCGUUGCUGAACCAAAAAGUGAACCAGAACCAGCAGCUGAGCCGAAAAGUGAACUAACUCCCGUUGCUGAACCAAAAAGUGCAGUAGCUCAACCGAAAAGUGAACCAGAACCAUCAGCCGAGCCGAAAAGCGAACCAGAACCAACAACGGAGCCGAGAAGUGAACCGGAACCAGUAGCCGAGUCAAAAAGUGAAACAGAUCCAACAGCUGAGCCGAAAAGUGAACCAGAACCAUCAGCCGAGCCGAAAAGCGAACCGGAACCAGCAGCUGAGCCGAAAAGCGAACCGGAACAAGCAGCUGAGCCGAAAAGUGAGCCAACUCCCGUUGCUGAACCAAAAAGUGAACCAGAACCAGCAGCUGAGCCGAAAAGUGAACUAACUCCCGUUGCUGAACCAAAAAGUGAACCAGAACCAUCAGCCGAGCCGAAAAGUGAACCGGAACCAUCAGCCGAGCCGAAAAGCGAACCGGAACCAGUAGCCGAGCCAAAAAGUGAAACAGAUCCAACAGCUGAGCCGAAAAGUGAACCAGAACCAUCAGCCGAGCCGAAAAGCGAACCGGAACCAGUUUCUGAACCCAAAAGCGAAUCAGAAUCAGUAGCUGAGCCGAAAAUUGAACCAGAGCCAACAGUCGAGCCAAAAAGUGAACCAGAACCGAUAGCUGAGUCAAAAAUUGAACCGGAAUCAACAGUCCAGCCAAAAAGUGAACCAGAACCAGCAGCUGAGCCGAAAAGUGAACCAGAACCAUCAGCCGAGCCGAAAAGUGAACCAGAACCAUCAGCCGAGCCGAAAAGUGAACCAGAACCAUCAGCCGAGCCGAAAAGUGAACCAGAACCAUCAGCCGAGCCGAAAAGUGAACCAGAACCAUCAGCCGAGCCGAAAAGUGAACCAGAACCAUCAGCCGAGCCGAAAAGCGAACCAGAACCAACAACGGAGCCGAGAAGUGAACCGGAACCAGUAGCCGAGUCAAAAAGUGAAACAGAUCCAGUAGCUCAACCGAAAAGUGAACCAGAACCAUCAGCCGAGCCGAAAAGCGAACCGGAACCAGCAGCUGAGCCGAAAAGCGCCGAAAAGCGAACCGGAACCAACGACGGAGCCGAAAAUGAACCGGAACCAGCAGCCGAGCCGAAAAGCGAACCGGAACCAACGACGGAGCCGAAAAGUGAACCGGAACCAGCAGCCGAGCCGAAAAGCGAACCGGAACCAACGACGGAGCCGAAAAGUGAACCGGAACCAGCAGCCGAGCCGAAAAGCGAACCGGAACCAACGACGGAGCCGAAAAGUGAACCGGAACCAGCAGCCGAGCCGAAAAGCGAACCGGAACCAACGACGGAGCCGAAAAGUGAACCGGAACCAGCAGCCGAGCCGAAAAGCGAACCGGAACCAACGACGGAGCCGAAAAGUGAACCGGAACCAGCAGCCGAGCCGAAAAGCGAACCGGAGCCAACAGCUGAGCCGAAUAGUGAACCAGAAGUACUUGCCGAGCCCAAGGAUAAACACGAAUUAAUCAAUAAGCCGAGAAAUGAACAAAAAUCAACAGCCGAAAUAAAAAUUGAAUCAGAAUCGACUACCGAGUCCACAAUUGAGUCUGAAUCAGCUGACCAUACAGAUGAAGCAGAAUCAUCAGCGGAGCUUAAUAACGGACUUCAAUCAUUUACAGAAUCUAAUAUCGAAGACAUUAUUAAAUCAAAAUCUCAAUUACCCGUUGAGACUAAAGAACAAUCUCAGUUCUUACAUGAUUCUAAAAUCGAUGCUCAAACAUCUACGGAAUCUCAAAUUCAAGACCAAUUGCUUCUUAAUUUUACCUCUGAAAUAAAGCCACCGACAGAAGCAAAUGUAAAAUCUGAGCUUACCGAAGACCUGAUAACGAGAUCUGAUGACUCGAAAAAAUCUAAAAACGAAGUAAAAUCUAUUGAAAAAUCUGAAAAUGAGCCUAAAUUAGACGUUAAGUCAAACUCAAAAUUAGAAUCGCAUAAUAAAGAAAUCAUGGAAUCUGUGUAUACGACGCAUCCAUUAAUUGAACUUACAUCAACAUCAAAGUUUAAUACAACGAAUGAUAUAAUCAAAUUCAAUAAUCCAAUAACCGAAUCAAUUUCUCUUUAUGAAAUAAAUAAUAAUGCAGAACUGUCUAAAGCUACAACAUUAGAACCAGAAUCUCUCAUUGAAAGCAGGACUGAACUGGAGUUUUCUACGGAAUCUAUAAAUGAAACGUCCACUGAAUCUGACAUUAUGACAACAGUAGAAAUUGAAUCCAAUACUGAUUCUCAAUGGGUGAAAGACUUACGCGAUAACCCAGAUUCAACAGUAAAAUCGCUUUCACAGGAAUCUUCUGUGAAUAGAAAUUUCGGAUCGCAUAUUAAUAGUCGUGUCGAAAGUGCUUCAACUACAGAUUCUAAAGAGGAUUUUGACGUUUCAACAACACCGCCAGGCGAGCCAGCUACGGUCAUAGGACUCGAUGAAGAGCAAAAAUACGAACAAAAAUUGUUUCGUGAAUCGUACAUUGAAAAGCAUACAGCAACAGAAACGCCAUUAGAGAAAUAUUCUUCCAAGGAUUUAAAAUCCGAUGUAAAAUUAGGAAAUGACUAUAUUACAAAUGCUCCUCGUCUUGAUAAAGAUGAACAGAAUAAUCCAAAUCCAUUUGAAUUAAACGUUAGGGAUGUCGUUACGUCAAGCGGAAAUAAUAAAAUGAUCGAAACAACUACAACCUUGGAAUAUCCAGCGAGUGCAAUUAAAGAAACGAAUAAUUAUUUUACUUCAAAUACAUCGGCAAAGAGCAUCAACGGUUCAUUUAGCAAUGAAAGUGUAUUCACAGACGCCAAUCUAAAUGACGAUAUUAAACAAAUGAAUUAUCCAACAAUUAACGUAAGUGAAAAUGAUAAAAAUGUGUUAGUCGCGAUUAAAAAAAAUGAAGAAAUUACGGAAGAUCAGUACAAUGAUAUUACAGACGAAUCUGUACCAAAGGGAUUUGGAAAAAAUGACUUAUACUCAUCGCAAGAUAUUAAAAAAGAUGGGAAGAAAAUCCAAAAGGCUUACAAAGAAAGUAAUAUUGACUAUAAUGCAAAAGUUGCGGCCAAUAAAUCAUUCUCUAACCCCAGUAUAUUAUUGAUAAACGAUAGUGGGUCCGAUAAACACUUGGAAGAUCCAAAUAUGACAUCGCAAGUACCGAUUUUACCCAUAGAAAUUCAAAACGAUAUGUCGACGACCGAAAGUGUUGAAAAAAUUGACACUCAAUCAACGUCUCAAGAGUCUGAGAAAGAAAUGGCUUUAACGACUAAUUUGCCAAAACUAUUUCACGCAGAUGGUAAGACGACGGAACAAAUUCCAAUAUUACCCGAGGAAUUAGUAACAACGGAUAAUAAUAAUAAUAAGCAAGAGCAACACACAGAGUCGACGUUGGCUUUUCAAAUAGAUAAGAGAAUUGACGAGCCAUGGACGGUCGAUGGGAAUGAUGCUCCUGAUAGUAAAAGUCCUUUAAAGUCCAAUAGGACAUUGAAAUUUACUAAAUUAAGUGACGUGAAUGUCCUACAAGCGACUAAUAUAAGCGACGAACGUAAUAUUAAUUUUGAAUCAACAUCGUAUGACAAUGUAGUCGAAGAAGCUACCGAUAAAUUUACGUUGAGUGGUUUGAAGGAAGGUCAAUCGGUAAUGGAUAGUGAUAUCAAACCGGUUUCGGAAACUAUUCUAGAUGACACCGUACCCCAAUUGAUAAACUAUAAAUUCCUUACGACAACUGAAAAAUUAAAGCUGCCAGACAAAUUCGAAGAGUUAGACGAAGAGCAACUUCGCGUUGUUCCAUUGGAGGAAAGAAGCGAGUUUAAAAAAGUAUUGAAAACUGACGAUCAGCAAACAAAAGUGAAAAAAGAAAAGGAAUUAAAUUUCGAAACAUCGGCUGAAAAAUUUACAAACGUGCCAGUAAAUAUUCUCAGGCCCGGCGAAUUUGCAAUAGUUGCAAGCACUAAAAAUAGUAGAAUCGUUGAAGACAACGGCAUUCCAAAAUUAAUGACAGCCGGAACAACGGAUUUGAACAUAAAUUUAAGAGACGCGUUAAAUGUUAUGAACAAUCAAUACGCGAAUAACGGCAGUAAUCAUAUUAAUGUGAAAAAUCAAACCGAGCUUAAUAAUAAUAAUGAUAAUGAUAAUGAUAAUGAUAAUAAUAGUAAUAAUAAUAGUAAGACGACGACGAAAUAUCCUAGUUUCAUUCCCGUUUCGGAAAUUGUAGAGGAGAAUGACAAUAACGUUACCGAGUCAUCUCUUAAUUUCUUUUUAAAUAAUCAGCAAAUCGUUACGACAGAUCUACCAGAGUACAAUUUUCAUCCGAGAAAGGAUUACAAUACAGAGGACGAAACUGAAUUUAACAGCUCGACCACAUUAUUGUUACAUGGUGUUUUAGAAGCGAGUAUUGCUAAUUCGACAUUAAUCGACGAUACAACAAAAUCGCCAACGAAUAAGAACGAAAUCCCAGUUGUCGCUUUAACCGAGCAGCAUAUGAAUUCUCGGCCAUUCUUUUCUAAAUGUAAAAGUGGCCAAUUUCAAUGCUUUAAUGGGACGUCGAGGGAUGGAGCAUACUGCGUCAAUCUCUCGGCGACGUGCGAUUCAGAGAACGAUUGCUCGGAUGGAUCGGAUGAAGUUAAUUGCGAAGAGAAAGGCUGCCCGAGAAACUUCCAAUGUGCUAGUGGCCAAUGCUUAAAACGUCAUCUCGUUUGCAAUGGUAUUGUGGACUGUGACGAUGGUAGCGACGAGAAGGAGUGUGGACAAUGGAAAUGUAAUUUCGACGAAUUCCAAUGCCCGAAUGGAAGAUGCAUCCCAGUGCUUUGGCAGUGCGACGGCCGCCCGGACUGUGAGAAUCACGUCGACGAGUAUUCGUGCUCCGAAAGUUGCGGCAACGACGAAUAUCUUUGUCCACUUGAGAAAUGGUGCAUACCACAGACGUGGCAUUGCAAUGGAGUUGCCGAGUGCGUUAACGGGGAGGAUGAAAAACUGUGCGAAUGCGCUCUCGAUCGGUUCAAGUGCGAAACCGGGGGAUGUAUUCCUGCAGAACAAUUGUGCGAUGGAGUUGAAAACUGUCCAGAUAGAUCGGACGAGUGGAAUUGCUUGAGCGGUUUCAAUAAAAAUUCAUCAGUCGGUAUUGAGGCGGAUAAAGAAGGCAAGGACAAUGAAUUUUCAACACACAGUAGCCUCUUGAAGAUUAGGCAAUCGAGCGGCAACUUUAGAUACAUAUGCUCCGACGGAUGGACAGAGGAAUUUAGCGAUCAAUAUUGUAGAUCCUUGGGAUUCGCCUCAUCGGAGUCGACUCAAUUCAUAGAUCAAGGAGCGAAUGAAAAUUUACUUCGGCUAUUGUCCAAUGCGAGUCCAAAUUCGUCGCUCGUUGUCAAUUUGGUCAAACGAACGACUUGCGAGUCUGGAAAAAUCGUCGAAGUUUCUUGUCAAGAAUUUUCAUGCGGUUCUCACGAGAGCGUCGGUCCUACCGCUCGAUUAGUCGGAGGUACUCGCGCGAGCGAAGGACAAUGGUCGAGCGUUGCUCUUUUAAAGGAGCCAAAACACGGGGCUGCGUGUACAGCGAGUGUACUUAGUCCCAUGUACGCUUUGGCGAGCUAUUCGUGCAUUCACAGUUAUAGGCAAAGCAAUGGAUGGCAACUUUUCGUUGGUGGAAAUCUUUUGAAAUCGUAUAGAGUGAAGACUAUCGUUCCCUAUCCUCAAGUGAAGUACAAUCAGUUUUUAUACAAUAACGACAUUGCACUCGUUGAGCUGUCGGAGCCAUUGACAUUCUCAAGAAACGUUAGCGCCGUCUGCCUCCCGAGUCAAUCGUUCCAACCUCGACAAUUGUGUGUUACGGCUGGCUGGGGAUUUCCCGUUAAUGGAGAAGUCGAUUUGCAACAGUAUUUGAAAUUUUUGCCCGUGCCAACUUAUGAUUCGGAAGAGUGUAACGCAACGAGUCAUUACGCGGGCUUUAUAACCAAGUUUAAUAUUUGCGCUGGUUUUACCGACACGGAUAAAGGACCUUGUUAUAAUGACGAAGGGGCACCGCUAAUGUGUGUCAGCGAAACUGGCAGAUGGGAAAUUCAAGGUUUGCUCAGUCAUCACAGCAGAUGCUCAAGAGGUCAUCCUGCAAUAUAUUCAAGCCUAGCACCAGCACUCUCUUGGCUAAGAAACACCGUGCCAGCUUUACACACGCAUACUUAAAUUAUCGUUAAUAAUGCUUUAAUAUUUGUAAAAAGCCAGCAAUUUCAAUUUGCUUAGUUUGAGGGUGAAGAGCGCUCAGUGCACUUUAUAAAAGUCUGGCCAAUGGACAAUAUUGUUAUUUUGCCGGAUUUGGUGGCUUUUUAUCCCGUUUCAUCAAGCGCAAGAUAUUUAAAUUCACAAGUGCCAAAAUACAAGAUUUCGCGAUUAAUGUUAGGAUAAUAGAUGGAACAAAAUUAAUAAGCGAAGUUUAACGUUAAGCGCGUUAAAUUUUGCAUUCAAAAUUAUGUAUAAAUAAUUCAUCGAAGGCACACUAGAGGCACAUACUUUUGUGCUUCGGCAAACUGAUGUAAAUAAUGUAUAAAAACAAAUAGACUUAAAAAUUGAAUACGUAUGUUAUGUAUUGGUUUU